CCGCCUGCCUUGCUCACCUCUCCCUCCUGGAGUCGCCCGCACCGGCUUUCUCCGACCAGCCUGUGCGUCCGGAACAGCGGCAACACCAUGGCGUGGUUCCUGAGACUCUGCACUUGGCUGCUGGCGCUCGGCCCCGGGCUCCUGGCGACCGUGCGGGCGGAAUGCAGCCAGGACUGCGCGACGUGCGUCUACCGCCUGGCGCGCCCGACCGAUCUCAACCCGCUGGCUUGCACACUGGAAUGUGAGGGGAAGCUGCCUUCUCUCAAGACCUGGGAAACCUGCAAGGAGCUUCUGCAGCUGUCCAAGCUGGAGCUCCCUCCAGACGGCAACAGUGCCCUCGGCAAACAGGAGGACCACCGCUUGCUGGCCAAGAAGUACGGGGGCUUCAUGAAGAGGAAGAUGGAUGAGCUGUAUCCCCUGGAGCCGGAGGAAGAGGCAAAUGGCGGUGAAAUCCUUGGCAAGAGAUACGGGGGCUUCAUGAAGAAGGAAGUGGAGGAAGACGACGCCAUGGGCAAUCCCUCCGACCUGCUGAAAGAGCUGCUGGGAGAGGGGAACCAGCGAGAAGGGGCUCCCCACCAGGAGGGCAGGGAUGACGCAGACGUGAGCAAGAGAUACGGGGGCUUCAUGCGAGGCUUAAAGAGAAGCCCCCAGCUGGAAGACGAAGCCAAAGAGGUGCAGAAGCGGUACGGUGGCUUCAUGAGAAGAGUGGGUCGCCCGGAGUGGUGGACGGACUACCAGAAAAGGUACGGCGGCUUCCUCAAGCGCUUUGCAGAUUCCCUGCCCUCCGACAAAGAAGGUGAAAGUUACUCAAAGGAAGUUCCCGAAAUGGAGAAAAGAUAUGGAGGAUUUAUGAGAUUUUAGUCCCCUUUCCCAUCAGUGAGCCCAGGCCCCAGCAAGCCUUCCUCCACCCCCCAGCGAGAGAGUGCUUCGCAGGUCGUGUUGUAUUGCCCUGUGCUGCUUGCAUUAUAUAGCUGACUUGAUUGUCUGCAUAACUUAACUGUACAACCUAAAAGCUGUCAUUCCAGGUCCUGUGUUCUUUUGAGAAUCCUUAAGCCUUUAAGUAUUUGUCUCUUGCAGCUGUCUUGUUUACAUGCUCAAAUAGCUUUUGGUAUUACCUUGUCCUUUAUUUUUGACAAAACGCCAGUAAAUGCAUACUCGUAUGUAGAUAUAAUAAACCCAUCACCCCAAAUGC